AUGGAUUUCAGCGGCAUGCCCGAUGAGUAUGAAGUACUCUUUUCUAUAUGUAUUGUAUGGCGGAUAGCUAAAGUUUUCCAGUCGGAAACUGGCACUUGGAAUGUUGAAUUAAUAUUGAGUGAGGUUAAAGAUGGUCGGUC